CUUUGUUAACCUACCAUAGUACUGUACAACACAAUACUCGAGUAUAGUGCCUCAGCGCUUUUUCUUCAGCAGAGACACAUCAUCACUUCCAUAUCACACUAGACUGCAAAAUCCUAAUUCGCCCUUCAAGAGAAAACCGAAUCACACAUCAUGAGGCACACCGCUCUUGUGCAACCCCUGCGGCCAAACCUAAUUUGGGCUAAGCGAAACCCCUGGGCGAACCCUUCUUCACUGAACAGUAAUCUUUAAAAAUUCCAUCUGACCAGACAUUGAUAUGAUACUAUCAUGCACAGUACCAAUACCGGCACGGUGCUGCGUUUGGAGUAUGAUACGUACUCGAGUACCGGUACGUACUGUGCCGGUUACAGUACUGUAAAAACUUCAGCACACAUACCAAUUCUUGGUGAAGGGGCUGAGCCUCUCUGCAGCUGAAACGGGAUGUGAUGAAGGAAGCGAAAUCAUCAAGAUGGGAUGGAUUGUUUGACAUGCGGGUGCUGGAAAUACGAGUAUCAUAACUGCUGUUACUAGAGGGUGGGGUAGGGGGAAGUCAUGGGAGGGGCAGGGCUAUUAUGCAAGGGCAGAAGAAGAAUGAAUAGAAUAGAGUAGGUUACGAGUACUCGUACUCGCACUGUUUGGUGGAUUUCCCUAUUUGGCCCGUGAUUUGUUGAGAUGAAAUUUGAUAAGAACCGCAAACCACCCACCCACACACCUCAUCACAUCACUUUGCACUUGACUUACUACACCAUUUCGUCUUCUGCAUCGUGAAUUGCUGAUUUGCUCACCUGUCUGCUUGCCUGACGCGAUGGCUGAGCAAGGACAAAAACCGCACGUAUUGAUAUUCGGAGCUGGCAUUGUCGGAAUCACCCUAGCGCAAGCUCUGAAGAAGAACGAUAUUCCCUUCACCAUCUUCGAGCGCGAUUCCGCCCCUGAUGCUCGAGGUCAGGGUUGGGCCGUAACCGUCCACUGGGCAAUGCCUUAUCUUGAAGCCUGUCUGCCGGACCAACUCCGGGAGCGAUUGGUGGGGGUGCAGGUCGACCCCGAAGUGGGCAAAGUUGACCGUGGCAAUUUUCUCUUCUUGAACGCGGAGACGGGCGAGAUCCAGCAUAGGAUUCCACCGAGUAAGCGGAUGAGGUUCAGGAGGCAGGGUUUUAGACAGUUGUUGAUGGAGGAUUUGGCGGUGCAGUGGGGUAAAAAGCUGGCAAACAUAGAACAGAACGACGAUGGAGUUAUGGCGUAUUUCGAAGACGGAACGAGCGCUUCUGGAGCAUUACUUAUUGGUGCUGAAGGGAGUAGGUCGCGGACCCGCCAGAUACUCUGUCCUGACAAUUACCAGCUGAUCCCCUUGCCCAUUCGUCUGACCGGGUGCGCUGUGCGCCUUACGGCCUCUCAGGUAGCGCCAUUGAGAGCUCUGGAUCCCCUCCUGUUACAGGGCCUGCAUCCUGAGACAGAGGACUUUUUUUGGUUUUCCAUUCUCGAUACUCCGGCGACAAAUGCCGACGGGGGCGAUUACUACACUACGCAGAUACUCAUGUCCUGGCAUCUAAACGACCCUGUAAGAGACGAGGUAUCACCGGACAACACGGCGCGUCUGGAGAACAUGAAACGCCGCGCAAGUCGCUUUGCCGAACCCUUCCGAUCUUUUAUUCUCGGUAUCCCGUCGGACACGGAGGCGGUGGAGAUCAAAUUGCGUGACUGGCCUUGUUUGGGCUGGGAUAAUCUCGGGGGGAGGGUUACCUUAGUUGGGGAUGCGGCGCAUGCAAUGACUAUGUAUCGUGGAGAAGGGGCAAACCACGGCCUCAUGGAUGCAGCAAAGCUCGCCGAAGCUCUCAAAGGGGCAUGCGAUGGUAAAGUAUCCCUGAAAGAAGCAGUGGAUGCCUACGAGACCGAAAUGAGGAAGCGGACUGAGCCAGCGGUACUUCUGAGUCGACAGGCUUGCCUGGAUGCGCAUGAUUGGGCCAAGAUCAAGUCUGGUAAUGCGAUGGUCCUUUCUAAGAGGGCUGCCCUGCCGAAAGAGGGGUGAGCGAACUCCUCAAAUUCGCGGGCCACUUGUACAUAUAUAGGUAGCCGUUGAUGCAUACAUACACACGACUCACCAUA